ACGAUAUACAUAUGUAGCUAUUGAGGUCGUUGAAUUUGUUUUUUAUGCCGUAUAAGGUUAUUGAAAAAAAAUACGAGGCUUUACUUUAGAAGUACUGAUGAUCUUGAGAAAACAUUAAUUCCGUGUUUGCAUGUUCUCUUCAAACAAUUAUAUAAUGAUUCUACACAUUUAUAUUCUACUUAUUCUUUGCAUACUGUGCGCAUCAGAGAAAAAUCAAUAUAUCUUAAUAAGAUCAGAUAAUGAAGAUCAUAAAAUAUUUUGGACUCGAGAAGCAAAGGAACUUAAAUAUUUACCAUCAUGGGACAGUUUAGACAGUCGACCGCUUCCAAGCUGGUAUGAUAAUGCAAAGUUUGGCAUUUUUAUUCAUUGGGGUGUUUUCAGUGUUCCUAGUUUUGGCUCGGAAUGGUUUUGGAGUAAUUGGCAAGAGGAAAAAGAUAGUACCAAGUAUCAUGAUUUUAUGAAACAAAGAUAUCCACCGCAGUUUACAUAUCAGGAUUUUGCUCACGAGUUCACUGCUGAAUUUUUCAAUGCUACCCAAUGGAGUGAAUUAUUUCAAGCUUCAGGUGCAAAAUACAUUGUAUUGACAAGUAAACAUCAUGAAGGAUACACAAUGUGGCCUUCAAAAUAUUCCUUCAGCUGGAAUUCUAUGGAUAUAGGACCGAAAAGAGAUCUUAUAGGCGAAUUGGCAAUUGCAAUAAGAAGCUCAACUGAUUUGAAAUUUGGUCUCUAUCAUUCUAUGUACGAAUGGUACAAUCCUCUCUAUUUAUUUGAUAAAAACAACAAUUUUACAACGGAAAUUUUUGUUAAACAAAAGAUAAUCCCUGAAUUACACGAGCUAAUAAACAAAUAUAAACCAGAAAUUGUAUGGUCUGAUGGUGAUUGGGAAGCAUCGGAUGUUUAUUGGAAAUCAAAAGAGUUUCUGUCUUGGUUGUAUAAUGAAAGCCCUGUAAAGGAUACGGUUGUUGUUAAUGACAGAUGGGGUCACAACAUACCAUGCCAUCAUGGUGAUUUUUAUACAUGUACCGAUCGUUAUAAUCCUGGAGUACUUCAAACACAUAAAUGGGAAAAUUGUAUGACUAUUGAUAGAAAAUCGUGGGGAUUUCGUAGAAAUGCUGUUCUGUCAGAAUAUUUUACAUUACCAGAGUUGGUAAAAGAGUUAGUAAUUACGGUAAGUUGUGGCGGGAAUUUAUUAAUGAAUGUCGGGCCAACAAAGGACGGUAUUAUAUCUCCUAUAUUUGAAGAGAGACUACGUGGCAUGGGUGAUUGGUUAUUGGUAAAUGGAGAAGCUAUUUACAACACUAAACCUUGGAUUGUACAAAAUGAUACUUUGGCAAAAGAUGUUUGGUACACACAAGACAAAAACGAGAAUCAAAUUUUUGUGUUUGUUCUUAGUUGGCCACACAAUAACAUAUUGUACUUAAAAUCUCUUAAAUUGUCUACUGACGCAACGAUUUUCAUGCUUGGAUAUCCACAACCAAUUGAAUGGAAACAAGAUAGCAAAAAAUUGACUAUAUUCUUACAAACAGAACUUCACAAAGGACAGCCAGCUUGGGUGUUAAAAAUAAAACAAAAAUAAAAUAUAGCGUUUAAG